AUGGCAAGUCAAAUGAUGAUACAAGAAAGGCUGGAAAGACAACAGAAAGUAAAGAAAGGCUCAGAUUAUGAGAGGUUUAUCAAGUUAACACUCCCAGAAUUUUCAGGUACUACCAAACCAGAAGAAGCAGAGGGGUGGGUAAGAAGAAUGGAAUCGAUAUUUGCAGUGAUGGGUGCAGCAGAAGACCAGAAGGUAAACUUGGCUUCAUUUAUGUUCAAAAAUGAAUCUAGUUAUUGGUGGGAUACGACAAAACAUUUAUUGCUCAUUCCAGGAGAGAAAGAGGUGAUAUUAUGGAACCCAUUUGUUAAAGCUUUUCAUGAGAAAUAUUUUCCUCCAAUUUACAGAAAAGAGAAGGAACGGAAGUUUGUUCUCCUAAAGCAAGAUAGAAUGUCUGUAGUUGAUUAUGAAGUUAAGUUUACCGCUUUAUCGAGGUUUGCAUAUGGGAUUGUGCUCAAGCUCUAUAAACACCAGUGCUCAAGCAGAAAGUUCUCUACUCGAGGUUUUUGA